AAUUGUCGUCUGCUAACAACCAAUUUAGUGAAUAGUAGAGGUAUGAGUGGAAAGCUGUUUUUUGCCGGGAUUGAAGGAGGUGCUUCUUCAACCAAAAUUGGUAUUUAUGACGAAAACUGUAAGGAGUUGAUAUCAAUUGUUGGAAAGGGAACUAACCAUUGGCAAAUCGGAAUACCUGAAUGCAUUCAACGCAUCAGACAACUAGUGAAUGAAGCCCUUUCCAAGACCGACGAUAUCCGAUUAUUUUCUAUCGGUCUGUCAUUAAGCGGUGGAGAUGACUCAGAAUCCCGUCGAAAAAUACAGGAGGAAGUUGAUAAAUGUAAGUUUUGCGACAACGAAGUGUACGUGUCCUGCGACACAGUUGGAUCGUUAGCUUCCAUUAUUGGCUUGGAGAAAGGCAUUGUUUUGAUAAGUGGCACAGGUUCCAACUGCGAGCUCAUUGAUCCAAAUGGUACAAACAUCCGAUGCGGUGGUUGGGGACAAUUUAUCGGUGAUGAAGGUUCUGCAUUUUGGAUAGCUCACAGGGUCAUUAAAAUUGUUUUUGAUCAUACCGACAACUUAAAACCAUCUGUUCAUUCUAUCGAAAGAUCUUGGGAUGCAAUAAAGUCUUUUUUCUCUAUUCAAGAUAAAAUGGGAUUAUUGAAGCAUUUUUACGGAGAAUUCAAUAAACCUUUCUUUGCUUCCUUCUGCAUAAAAGUUGCUGAAUUGGCAAAUGACGGAGAUCAGUUAUGUAAGGAAGUUUUCGAAGAGGCAGGUCAGUUAUUAGGUAUGCAUGUCAAAGCUGUUGUCUCCAGUUCACAAGAAGUGAAUGAAAUCAAAGUUGUCUGUGUUGGUAGCGUAUUUUAUAGUUGGAAUUUACUGAAAUCUGGUUUCGUAAAGGAACUGAAGAGGAGCUCACUAAAAAAAGUUACUCUUUUGAGACCGACUGUUCAUGCAUGCGUGGGUGCGGCAAUUCUUGGAAGUCAUAAAGCCGGAUAUAAUUGGAACCCGAAUUUAGAAAACAACAGCAAAAUGCUGUAUGAAUAUCUAGAUGCGUAA